AACAACAACAUCAACAACCGUCCCUACCACCUCCAUUAAAAACAAAGCUUUUUCCUUUCUCUUUUGGCUCUCUUAUCUGUUAUAUCUAAAAUCGUACACUAUUUUAUUUGAUACUGACACAAAUUAAAAAUAACAAUUAAAUAAAGAAAUAUAAAAUUCAAUUCAUUGUAUAUAUUUGGUGGAUCUGGAGUUUCUUCAGUAUUGCAAAUUUUGCAAUGGGAAACGCGAACGGUAGAGAGGAUGGUGGGAACGGGAUUGAAGAAGAUGAAUCGUUAUCGUUAACUGGAACGACAAGAUCCAACGGUGAGAUGGGAUUGAGUUACAACCACGCGCAGGUUCCAGGGCGCGUGGCAUCUUCGGAGUCAAUGGGAAACAUGAACAACAACAACAACAACAACAGCAACACUCCUCCUCACAGCCCAGGCCGCUCUGCUUCUCCUCUCUUAUUCGCUCCUCAGCUGCCUGUAGCUCCCUUGCAAAGGGGUGAUGGUUCACCCUUUUUCAAUAAUAUCUGGCAGAAUGAAUCUCAGGGAGUUGUUGAUCAGCCUCCUGAACGAGCAAUCCCCUCAAUGAUUACAUGGAACUAUGGUGGUAACAAUGUGGCUGUGGAGGGAUCUUGGGACAAUUGGACAUCUAGGAAAAUGCUGCAGAGAUCUGGUAAAGACCACUCAAUUCUUCUGGUCCUGCCAAUAGGUAUAUACCAUUACAGGUUCAUUGUUGAUGGUGAAUGGAGAUAUAACCCAGACCUUGAUUUUGCACCUGACGAAAUGGGCCAUGUUUGUAAUCUUCUCAAUGUUCAUGAUAAUGUGCCUGAAAACCUUGAGAGUGUAGCCGAGUUUGAGGCUCCACCAUCACCGGACUACAGUUACAGUCAAACUUUGCCAACGGAGGAAGAUUUUGCAAAGGAGCCAGUGGCUGUUCCACCCCAGCUGCAUCUUACUGUGCUGGGUAUGGAAAACUCAGGUGAAGCUUCUUCUUCAAAGCCUCAGCAUGUUGUGCUUAACCACCUUUUUAUAGAGAAAGGAUGGGCCUCUCAGUCUGUGGUUGCCUUGGGACUAACCCAUAGGUACCAGUCCAAAUAUGUCACAGUUGUCCUCUAUAAACCACUCGUAAGGUAAUGUCACUUUUCAAGUCCAACUCUGUAAAGCAAAAAAUUAAUAAUGCUUUUACAGUUAAUUGUGAAGACAUUUUGAUUCAUGACCAUCAUGUUUUGUUCUGUCACACAGCCGCUCGCUAAUCUCAAGCAUUUGCUUCUGGAACUUUUUCCUUCAUGUAAAUAGUGAAAAAACUUGUCAGCAUUUCACGUCUA